AGUUUGACCAGUCGCAUGUCACUUCCGGCACGCGGCCUGCGCAUCGCACUGUGGGAUUUGUGUCUGUUUGAAGUCAUGGCGGACGCCUUUGGAGACGAUUUGUUCAGCGUGUUUGACGAAGAACAGGCCGGUUCUAGCAAAAAAGCCACUCCAAAGUCCGCAGCUCAGGCAGGAAAGACUCCUGAUAAAGGCGGUAAACAGCAGAGCGAUUCAGCAGCUGCGCUCAAAAGAGAUGCUGACAAUGACGGGUCAGAUGAGGUGGUGCUUGGGAAAAGACAGAAGCUGGAAACCGUGUCAGCUGAGGAGAUCAAUCUGUCAGAGCUCAUGCCUAAAGUGAAGGCGGAGCAGGUGGAGACAGUGGAGGGCUGCACUCAUGAGGUGGUUCUUCCGGCAGACGAGGAAUACACUCCACUGAAACCACGCGUUGGAAAAGCAGCUAAGGAGUACCCCUUCAUACUCGACCCUUUCCAGCGUGAGGCCAUCCUGUGCAUUGAUAACAACCAGUCUGUGCUAGUGUCGGCCCACACAUCGGCAGGAAAGACCGUGUGUGCGGAGUAUGCCAUUGCUCUGGCUCUCCGAGAAAAGCAGCGAGUGAUCUUCACCAGCCCCAUCAAAGCUCUGAGCAAUCAGAAGUACAGAGAGAUGUACGAAGAGUUCCAGGAUGUGGGUUUGAUGACCGGUGAUGUUACCAUUAACCCCACGGCUUCCUGCCUGGUUAUGACCACCGAGAUUUUGAGGAGCAUGCUGUACAGAGGGUCAGAGGUUAUGAGGGAGGUGGCGUGGGUCAUCUUUGAUGAGAUCCAUUACAUGAGAGACUCAGAGCGUGGAGUGGUCUGGGAGGAAACCAUCAUCCUACUGCCAGACAACGUGCAUCAUGUCUUCCUGUCAGCCACCAUUCCCAACGCUCGACAGUUUGCCGAGUGGAUUUGUCACCUUCACAAACAGCCCUGCCACGUGGUGUACACGGACUACCGCCCCACUCCACUGCAGCACUAUGUCUUUCCAGCAGGAGGCGAUGGACUCCACCUUGUUGUGGAUGAGAACGGAGAGUUCAGAGAAGACAAUUUUAACACGGCAAUGCAGGUCCUGAGGGAUGCAGGGGACACAGGAGGCAAUGCUGGGGGCAAAUGGGACCCCAAAGGCAGAAAGGGUGGAACCAAAGGUCCAUCUAAUGUCUUUAAGAUUGUGAAGAUGAUCAUGGAAAGGAACUUCCAGCCAGUGAUUAUCUUUAGCUUCAGUAAGAAAGAAUGUGAGGCCUACGCACUACAGGUGGCUAAACUGGAUUUCAACACAGACGAUGAGAAGAAACUGGUGGAAGAAGUGUUCAACAAUGCCACAGACUGCCUGUCUGAUGAAGACAAAAAGCUGCCGCAGGUGGAGCAUGUUCUGCCGUUGCUGAAGAGAGGGAUUGGAAUUCAUCAUGGCGGCCUCCUCCCGAUCCUAAAAGAGACCAUUGAGAUCCUGUUCUCUGAGGGGCUGAUAAAGGCCUUGUUUGCUACAGAAACAUUUGCCAUGGGAAUCAACAUGCCUGCAAGAACCGUGCUCUUCACCAGUGCGCGCAAAUUUGACGGCAAAGACUUCCGCUGGAUCACCUCAGGAGAGUAUAUCCAGAUGUCAGGACGUGCUGGCAGAAGAGGAAUGGACGAGAGGGGAAUAGUCAUUUUCAUGGUGGAUGAGAAGAUGAGCCCUGCGGUGGGCAAACAGUUACUGAAGGGUUCGGCAGAUCCUCUGAACAGUGCGUUCCACCUGACCUACAACAUGGUGCUCAAUCUACUGCGUGUGGAGGAGAUCAACCCAGAGUACAUGCUGGAGAAAUCCUUCUACCAGUUCCAGCACUAUAGAGCCGUGCCUGGUGUUGUGGAGAAGAUGAAAAAGCUGGAGGAGGAGUAUAAUGCAAUUCGAAUCCCUAAUGAAGAGAGCGUGGUGACCUACUACAAGAUCCGUCAGCAGCUGUCCAAACUGGGCAAAGAAAUUGAGGAAUUUAUUCACAAACCUAGAUACUGCCUGCCCUUCCUGCAGCCGGGCAGACUGGUCAGGGUGAAAAAAGAAGAUCUGGAUUUCGGUUGGGGCUUAGUCGUCAAUUUUCACAAGAAGACAAAUGUCAAGGUUGGAAUUGGGGAUGCUGACCCGUUAUUUGUGGUGGAGGUUCUGCUCCACUGCAGCAAAGACAGCGUGAAGAACGCAGCCACGGAGGUAGCCAAACCAGCAGGCCCAGGAGAAAAGGGCGAGAUGCAGGUUGUUCCUGUGAUUCUUCAUCUCAUCACCUCCAUCAGCUCUGUGCGCCUCUACAUCCCCAAAGAUCUGCGGCCGUACGACAACCGACAGAGCAUGCUCAAAUCCAUACAGGAGGUGCAGAAACGUUUCCCAGAUGGCAUUCCUCUGCUAGAUCCCAUAGACGACAUGGGCAUCAAGGAUCCAGCGCUGAAAAAGGUCAUUCAGAAGGUGGAGGCGUUCGAGCACAGGAUGUACACGCACCCCCUGCACAGCGACCCCAAACUGGAGGCCGUUUACACUCUGUGUGAGAAGAAAGCGCUGAUUGCAGGUGAAAUUAAAGCGGCGAAGCGCGAGCUAAAGAAAGCACGUACCGUGCUGCAGAUGGAUGAGCUGAAGUGCAGGAAGCGUGUGUUGCGGCGCCUGGGAUUCGCCACUUCCUCUGAUGUCAUCGAAAUGAAAGGCCGUGUGGCCUGUGAGAUCAGCAGUGCAGAUGAGCUGUUGCUGACAGAGAUGGUGUUUAACGGGCUGUUCAAUGACCUGACGGCAGAGCAGGCCACUGCGCUUCUCAGCUGCUUUGUCUUCCAGGAAAAUGCUAACGAGAUGCCCAAACUGACAGAACAGCUGGCUGGACCACUUCGACAGAUGCAGGAAUGUGCCAAGCGUAUUGCUAAGGUGUCCGCAGAGGCCAAGCUGGACGUAGAUGAGGACACUUACCUGAACCAGUUCCGCCCGCACCUGAUGGAUGUGGUCUACACCUGGGCCAACGGCUCCUCGUUCUCUCAGAUAUGCAAAAUGACAGACGUGUUUGAAGCACAUCUCCCAGAAGCCUCUGCUCUGAGAUUUGGCCGUGUCUAAGGCAUGACGUGAGUUUUGAAACGCAGAUCUCAUGUCUUGUCAAGAAAAUCCCCCAUUUGUCCGUGCUCCAGCUCCUGAGUGAGAUUUUGGCUGCGUUCAUGUGCAUUAGCAAACAGCAAAACACUUGUAGUGAUAAAUUGCAGUGAGGGAGAGAUGUUAUAUGAAAAAUGGAGAAGUUCCCCAAUUCUCUUUCUCUCAUCCCCUUUCACCUCAAACUGAAUUGGACUGCGUUUCCCAAAAGCAUAGUAAGCCUAAAUUGAUCGUAGCUCCAUUGGUUUCAAUGGGUCUAUGAUUUACUUAAGCUUAUGCUUUUGGGAUACACAGCCCUCCUCUCAAUAGAGAUCUUAUAACAUCAUGCCAGCAAAAUCCCUUGUGCCAAGAUAAGUUUCAUAGAAAUAAACAUUGCUAAUACAACUGAACAUUGAAACUACGGGUUACAAGCACUGAAAAUGACCAUAUGUGGUUGGUAUGUAG